AUGGGUCGAGCACGCGCGAAAACCAAGAAGUCUGUACCCAUUGUGACAAACUCUUCACAAUCAUCGUCAAGCUCAGCAACUCCAGCCAUUUCUGCUCUCCUUGACAAGGCUCAGGAGCUCAUCGUACAGUGCGACUUUCCUUUGGCACGCAAGUUCAUCGAACGUGCUCUUGUGAGGGGAGAUGGGGAGAUGAUGGGUGUCGUGCUCCUCGAAACCGGGGAAGUGGACAAAGCAAGAGAGGCAAUUGUUUUUAACAUUGCUCCCACCACAUCCAACAGCUGCUACACACCACCACCACCUUCAGCGCAUCUUUAUCUUGCACAACUCUCCGCGGAUCCAUACACUGCUUUGAAACACUACCAGGCAGCCGUCGACAUCCUCCAGACACAACUUAAGGGUAAGGCACCUUCGCCCACCCAGGGAGAUGAACAGGACGAAGGAGAGGAUGAGGUGAGAAGUAAUAUUGUGAGGGCUUACGUUGGGAUGGUCGAGGUAUGGAUGGACCCCGAGUAUGAUCUUUGCUUUGAUCCUGCUGCAUCGUCAACAUGCGAUUCCCUUCUGGCAGAUGCUCUACAGAUCGAUCCACAUAAUCUUGAGGCUCUGCAAUGUCUUGCCAGCGUCCGCCUCAGUCAAGAAAAAACGGAGGAGGCACUAGCUGCACUUCUCACUUUCCCACCUUCCUCUCCAGAUGCGCCUCCUGCGCGCAAUCAAGCCUUGGUUGCAGCACUUCCUCUUUCCGUGCGGCUUGCGCGCGCCAAGCUACUCCUGGAGUGUGGCGCUUACCAUGUUGCUCUUGAUGUUUUGGAAAAUGUUCUUGCAUCCGAUGAUUCCUCAGUAGAAGGCUGGUACCUUAUGGGGUGGGGGUGGUGGCUGGUGGCCGAACGCCAGAAAGAGGGAGGUAAAGUAGAAGGAAGUGAAGGGCUGACCUGGGAGGAUAUGGCCAGAGACUCGAGGGACUGCUUAGAAACUUGCCAAAUGACACAUCCUAUAUUAGAACAUGUUCAAGAACUUCUUGGAACCCUUAAUGCACUAGGUAUCAUGUCCUCCCCAGUCCAAGAUGAUGAAGAGGGCGACGGCGAUGGUUGGGAGGAUGCCAGCGAUGAUGAAGACGUUGAAAUGUCAUAA